CAGCGGCGGCUCCGGGGCCGGGCCAUGGCGAGCCCGGGCUCGGGCAGCGGCUCCGUGAGGGACGACACCGGGGCAGAAGCGGGCUCCGUGCGGGACGACAUCGGGGCAGAACCGGGCUCCGUGCGGGACGACAUCGGGGCAGAACCGGGCUCGAGUAGCGGCUCCGUGCAGGGCGACAUCGGGGCAGAACCGGGCUCCAGCAGCGGCUCCGUGCGGGGAAUCGUCGGGGCGGACCCGGGCUCCGUGUGGGGCGAUAUCGCUUUCUGGGCCGACCGCACUCCGGUUCACGAGGCCGCGCGGCGCGGGGAGAUCCGGCAGCUGCGGCAGCUGAUCGAGAGCGGCGCCUGUGUCAACGCCCUCACCUACGACUCCAUCACACCCCUGCACGAGGCCAGCCUCAGGGGACAGGCCCAGUGCGUCAAAAUGCUCCUGGAUGCGGGGGCUCAGGUGGAUGCUCGGAACAUUGACGGCAGCACUCCUCUGUGUGACGCCUGUGCCUCGGGCAGCGUGGAGUGCGUGCGGCUGUUGCUGGCGCACGGUGCCAAGGUGAACCCUCCGCUCUACACGGCGUCACCGCUGCACGAGGCCUGCAUGAACGGGAGCUCGGAGUGCGUGCAGCUCCUCAUCGACGUCGGCGCCAACCUGGAGGCUCACGACUGCCACUUCGGGACCCCGCUGCACGUGGCCUGCGCGCGCCAGCACCUGCGCUGCGCCAAGCUGCUGCUGCAGGCGGGAGCGCAGGUGAACGCGGCCAAGCUUCACGAGACGGCGCUGCACCACGCGGCCAAGGCGCGCUGCGCCGCCCUGGUCCGGCUCCUCGUGGAGUUCGGAGCCGACGUCAACGCCCGCGACAACCGCGGCCGGAAACCCUCGGACUACAGCGGGAACGGCGGAGCCGCCGCACGCUGCUUCCAGUUCUACGAGAGAACUCCGCUGUCCCUGGCUCAGCUGUGCCGCCUGGCCGUGCGCCGAGCCGCCGGCCAACGCGGGCAGCACAAAAUCUCCAAGCUGCAAAUCCCGCCCCGGCUCAUCCGCUUCCUCUCCUACGACUGAAUCCCGGGAAUCCCGGCAAUUCCAGAGGAUUUCUCCUUCUCUUCUACCUCCCCCACCCCCAAAAAAAUCCGCGUUAAUUUCAUUGGAGGCGCUGCUGUGACCGGGAUUGCUCAGGAAUUCCUCUUUUCCCUUGGAAUUUCCCCCGGGUUGGGAAUUUCAGGCUCCUCCGGGUGGAUUCCCCUUCCCGGAUUUUCCCGGAUUUCCUCGGUGGGAUCCAGCCAGGGGGGAGGGGGGAGGGGUAAAUGUGGAGCGGGAAUCAUUCCAGCUGGGAAUUCCACGCUCCGGAGCCGCUCGGCAGCUCCGAUCCCAUUUCGAUCCCGAUUUUCCCUGCAGAGACCCCUCUGAUCCCGAUUUUCCCAUUUCAAUCCAGAUUUUCCCAUUUCUGAUCCAAAUUUUCCCAUUUCUGAUCCCAUUUAUCUCCCAUUUUUCCCAUUUUGAUCCCAUUUUUCCCAUUUUUGAUCCCAUUUUGCUCCCAUUUCUGAUCCUGAUUUUCCCAUUUUCAUCCCAUUUUUCCCGUUUCCGAUUCCAUUUUUCCCAUUUCUGGUCCCGAUUUUCCCAUUUCUGAUCCCAUUUUUCCCAUUUUGAUCCCGAUUUUCCCAUUUCUGAUCCCAUUUUUCCCAUUUUGAUCCCGAUUUUCCCAUUUUGAUCCCAUUUUUCCCAUUUCUGAUCCUGAUUUUGAUCCAAUUUUCGUCCCAUUUUUCCCAUUUUCAUCUCAUUUUUCCCAUUUCUGAUCCCAUUUACCCAUUUUGAUCCCGUUUUUCCCAUUUUCAUCUCAUUUUUCCCAUUUCUGAUCCCGAUUUUCCCUGCAGGGCUCAUCCAUCCCCUUCUGGCUGAUCCCAGCUGGAAUUCCAGGAUUUUUGGGAACGACCCGGGACACUUUUCCCAGGAGGGGAAAUCCUUGGGAUCGGAUCCCACCCUCGGGAAUAACCCCGGGACAAUUCCCUGGGAAUCUGGGAAUUCCCUGAUUCACCAUUCCCUGGGGGCUGGAGGCCAGGAAUUUUGGGAAUUUUGGGAAUUUGGGGCUUUUUCCAGGAGCAUCCAGAGGAAUGUUUGUCCCAUUCCCAGCCCUUUCCCUGAUCCCGGAUUUGAUUCCUCCUCCCUCAGGGUCCAGCGGGAGAUUCGGGAAUUUCGGGAUGGAUUUCCCCGCUCUGGAGCUCUUUUCCCAAUCCUGGAGCCUCUCCCGGGCUUGGGAUUGGAAUUCCCAGCUGGAAUUCCCGGCUGGAAUUUUGUCCUUGGAUGUUUGAGCCGGAAUUCUCCUCCCCCUUCCGGAUUUUCCCUGUUUUUCCCGCUAAUCCCGGAAAAUCGCGGAGCUUCCUGACGAUCCCUGCGGAACCCCCGGAAUCCGCCGGGAACGCGGAGCUGGAGGAGUUUUAUGGGAAUUCCUUUUCCCUUGGAUCUGUUCCUCCCCUUUCUCAUCCUGAAAAAUCCCAAAUCCUGCCGGUCCCAUCCCCCUUUUUGGGAUUCCCACAAAUCCGGAAUUGUGGAAGCUCAGGGAAGCCCCAAAAGUGAUUUUGGGGAUUUUUUAUUUUGUGGGAUUCAUCCCUGGGAAUGGCAGGAAAGAGCUUGGGUGGGAGAAUUUAGGGAUCCCAAAUUCCCAUCCUUGAAUCCCAAAUCCCUUUUAGGAUCCCAAAUUUCCUUUCCAGGAUCCCAAAUUCCCUUUCAGGAUCCCAAAUUCCCCUUUCAGGAUCCCAAAUCCCUUUUUAGGAUCUCAAAUUCCCUUUAAGAAUUCCCAAAUUCCCUUUUAGGAUCCCAAAUCCCUUUUCAGGAUCCCAAAUUCCCUUUUAGGAUCCCAAAUUCCCUUUUCAGGAUCCCAAAUUCCCUUUUAGGAUCCCAAAUUCUCAUUUUAGGAUCCCAAAUUCCCUUUUCAGGAUCCCAAAUUCCCUUUCAGGCAUUUUUCCCAACCCUCCCGACCCCGGUAAAAGAAUGGAAUUCCAAAAUCCAGGUUUUCCUUGGAAAAGCAGGAAGAUUCCAACAAUAAAUUCCCGAAUUCCGUGGA